UGUUGGCAGCAUUGCUCUCUCUACGCGAAAUAUGCACGCAUUGGGACGCCCGGAAUUAGAAUGUUCUUUGAAAAUCUACGUUAAAAUAUAUGAAAACUCGCGAAUUAGUGAAGAUUUACGUGUUUAUCCGUGUCCAAAGUAUUGUUUGAAUUGUGGUUUAGUGUGUGUUAGUGAUUGCGUUGGCUGACGAACAAAGAAAAGCGUAGUGCGUCGAAGAUUGAAACAUGGUGCCGCUAGGACCGGGCCCAGGCCAUCCUGCCGCACACCAAACGCACGGUGGGCCAUCUACCAAUCUUGCCGGCCCAAAUUCGCUAUCACAGAGCACACCUCAGUCGAACAAGUCAUCAGUAGCGAAGCCGAACUACACCCUAAAAUUCACCCUUGCGGGCCACACCAAAGCUGUAUCGUCAGUGAAAUUCAGUCCUAAUGGAGAAUGGCUGGCUAGUUCUUCUGCGGACAAACUUAUUAAAGUGUGGGGUGCAUACGAUGGCAAAUUUGAGAAGACUAUAGCCGGACACAAGAUGGGCAUCAGUGACGUGGCGUGGUCCUCUGAUAGCAGGUUGAUAGUCAGUGCUAGUGAUGAUAAGACCUUGAAGGUGUGGGAAUUGAGCUCGGGCAAAUGCUUAAAGACACUGAAAGGACACAGCAAUUACGUGUUCUGCUGUAACUUCAACCCUCAAAGUAAUCUUAUCGUCUCCGGCAGCUUUGAUGAGAGUGUCCGAAUAUGGGAUGUAAGGACAGGUAAAUGUUUGAAGACGUUACCAGCACAUUCAGAUCCAGUUUCAGCAGUACAUUUCAAUAGAGAUGGGAGUCUUAUUGUAUCUUCAAGUUACGAUGGUUUAUGUCGAAUCUGGGACACAGCAUCAGGGCAGUGCCUAAAGACUCUGAUCGACGACGACAACCCUCCGGUUUCCUUCGUAAAGUUCUCUCCCAACGGCAAGUACAUCCUCGCUGCUACCCUGGACAACACGCUCAAACUGUGGGACUACAGCCGUGGAAAGUGCCUCAAGACAUACACGGGACACAAGAAUGAAAAGUACUGCAUCUUCGCCAACUUCAGUGUUACUGGUGGAAAGUGGAUAGUAUCCGGGUCUGAAGACAACCUGGUGUACAUCUGGAACUUGCAGUCAAAGGAGAUUGUACAGAGGCUGUCCGGCCACACUGACACGGUGCUCUGCACGGCGUGCCACCCCACCGAGAACAUCAUUGCGUCUGCUGCACUUGAAAAUGAUAAGACUAUCAAGCUUUGGAAGAGCGAUACUUAAAGAAUUAUAGUGGCUAGCAAACAGCCGCGGGUGGCCUGGCUUCAUAUUGCAAGCGGACGCCUCUGUGAAUAUAUACAUAAGAUACCAUAGUAAGGUACCUUAGUGCUGACUUUGUUUUAUCUAAUAGCUCGAAACGUGUGCAUUUUCGGUUGUUAUAAGAUAUACAUAUUUUUGUAUCUGACAUGCUAAUGAGAGGUAUGAAAUGUUCUAGCGAUUACGUUUUAGUUAAGAUUGAGUUAUUAAGGAUUUUGCUUAAGAAUAACUUGUUGGAUCCGAUUAAAAAUUUAGUAGUUGUACUAAA